AUGGAGAGAACCUGUGUGAAGGGGACAACCUCCCCUGUUUGUUCCUCUUUCCACAUACUCAAUUCAAGUUAUCAGCUACUUUUAUCAAGGGACUGGCGAGGUGAAAUAACAUGUGCUUGUUUGAGACGCCUAAUUCAAAGACUCGCUUACAACUUGGACAAUGGUGUUUCGGUACCAAUAGUGUUCGAUCCGCAAAGUCAUGUAUGCAUGUUGUUCGUCACGCAUAAUGACAUUCUAAUAGCUUGCACUGCGGAAACUGGAACCGACUACAUGGCUACUUUUAUCUUCCUCCACAAACUAAUAGAUGUAUUCAGCGCAUAUUUCGAUUGUUUCAUCGAAGAAUCUAUCCGGGAUAAUUUUGUCAUAAUUUACGAACUGCUUGAUGAGGUCGUCGAUAACGGUUAUCCACAACUUACGGACUCAGCAGUACUUGGAGAGUUCAUCAAGGUCCUCGCUCAUCGUUUUGAGACACCGCAUUUGCUCUCGGCCGCAACGACCGCUACAUCUUGGCGUAAACAUGGCAUAUUUUACAAAAAGAAUGAGGUAUUUUUAGAUGUGAUUGAGAGCUGUAGCUUGUUUGUGGAUGCUCAUGGGAGAGAAACGCGUUCACUUCUGACAGGAACACUGACGUUGCGGUCACAACUUUCGGGAAUGCCAAAGUGUCACCUUAGCCUAAAUGAACGAGCUAUACGUGCCGCUGGGGUUCACUCUGCAGCAAUAGGUACUGGGACACUUGAAGACGUGAACUUUCACCCAAGUGUAGAUCUCAGUGCGUUCAGGUCAAGGGGUCUAAUAUGCUUCACUCCGCCUGACGGCACGUUUGAUUUACUUACAUAUCGAACCUUGCACCCUGCGAAGCCACUUUUAGACAUCCAUGCGAGCACAACUACAACAGGUCUUAGCACCGUGGAGUACACCGUUAACCUUUCCACACUUUUCAAAGAACAAAACAUGGCGAGUAACGUUCGGAUUGAGAUCCCUGUAGCAGCAGACGCAACCUCACCAGAAAUACAGUGCAGUCAUGGCUCGGUAGUCUAUCAACCGGAAGACGAUGUACUAACAUGGACUCUAAAGAAUGUGAAAGGUAAGCGUGAGUUCAAGUUACAGGCUAAAUUACAUCUACCAUCAACUGGGGUGAAGCAAACACGUAGGAAGACCAGUGUUCCAGUUCGCGUCAGUUUUGAGGUUCCGUACACCACAGCUAGUGGACUGCAAGUUAAAUACCUUAAGGUGAUUGAAAAGGAGGGUUACACAGCGUUGCCUUGGGUUCGGUAUAUUACGCGCUCUGAUGACUACGCCUUCCGGUUCAGAGAGUGA